AACUUGCUGUAGCCGGGGCAUGAGUGGGCUUGCGGGAGCAACAGACGGUACCACCUCGAGGAGAGGAUCACAGAAAUCCAUCACAAGCCAUAAGAGGAGACGGUGUACAUUUAGCAUUUUAAACGGAAUGCGUGACAUGACGUCGUCUUACUAAACUGUUGAAAAUUAAUAUGAUGCGCCUACCCGGAGGAAGCUUAAGAGAACAGAACCGAGAUUAGAAAGCAUUCUUCCCUUUUCCCUUCGUGAAAUGGUCGCGUCCCAAAUCGGUAGAAAGGGAAGAGCGAAGGACAGCGUCGCAAGCGGGUCGUACCAUUGAUAUAAAAUUGGGGGGGGCGCGAUGACAGAUAAACUGCACCAGAACAAGCCUCUUACUCGAAUAAUACUAUUCCUCAGCGACUGUGCCUGCGAAGAAAUCACUCUGCCACCUGUAGAAUUAUCUUGUAAUAGCAAGAGGCUAACGGCAGCCUACAGAAAUCAGUAAACAUCCAAGAAAACAAUGGUUUGCGCCGCGUGGUUGCCACGGUGACAGAAGAACGCUCAAGAACAGGCGAAAAGCUAAUCGGGGGCCUGACGUAUUCCGGCCGAAGGCUCUGGGGCAUCGGUGGUGGGACAGGGCUGGUUUUCGCCCUUGUAGGGAGAGCACGGCUUGAAGCUGCCAAUUAACAAACAAGGUCCCACAUCUGGAAGAGUCAGUAGUUUAUUACCAGAGGUAAGAUGGAACUUAUAACUACUAAAUCAUUUGUGAGCCCUUUAAAGGGAUUCUUGACAUUGCCACCAGCAUCCCAAGAAAAGAAAAGUGGCAUUGUGUAUUGCAAAUUAGAUGACCAACCACAGCCAUAUGCCAUUGGCAACAUGCGAAGAGUGAACCAGAAGAUCACCCAGUUAGAACCAGGAAUGAAAAGAUCUGACAGUAGCGACGUAGUGAUUGAGGGUGUGAGGCUGAAGAGGCGGCUAACACUGAAGGGAGCCAGAAGAGAGACACGGGCAGGUACAGGGAAAGAGAAAGAUCAGAAGGGGACACCAAAGAGUAGCAUGCGGUUUUCAGACUUUGGUAUUCUAUCUCAAGGCAGAAUUGCUCAAAAGAAGGCCAAGUUGGUAUCAGAAAAGAACAAACUUGUGGAAUUGUAUCAAUACCCAGGAUACAAUAAAGAGAGGCCAACACCCCUACCAAAUGGAAUACAGCUAGAAGAUAUUUUGGAGAAGGUGGUUCGUGCUCAGAGAAAAACAUCUGUUGGGAAGACAAACUGGUCUAUAAAGAUGCUGCGCCAAUUUCUCAAUGCUCCAUGCAUCCAAGCUAUUUUGCUGGACAGUUUCUGGUGGCUCUUUCUACACCUGUAUCAUCCAAAUCGAGAGAUCCAAGGACAUUUGUUUGAACGCAUUGCAGAAAAUUACUCGCGUUCCCUCUUGGGCUGUCACAAGGUUGCCAGUCAGGAAGUCAUCUUGAAUUGUUUCCCAUCCUUGCUGAGUCAAGCCGUGUAUACCUGCUUCUGCUACUGUUUCUCGAGAUCCUGGUUUAAUACAUAUGAAUUCAAAGCCCAGCUGUGUGAUACACUCUUUGAGUGGCUGGGAGGUACCCUGCAUGCUCCAGGGAGUUUCAACAAAUGGGAUUAUUCCGAACUGGAACCAGAGCGAUCCAGGAGAGAAGAUCUCCUGUCAGGAAAGGGAAAACUAAGGGCUGACUCUGAAACCUUUGAUACCCACAAGACCAAUAAGAAACACAUGUCUUUUAAGAAAGUUGUUAAGAGGGCCAUGAAACACAUGAAGAAGAGAAGUCAUAAUCAACUGCCAAAAGAAAAAGAGCACCCAGUUUUUGAAUCUUAUCCUACGCCUGAUGAAGAUAAAUCUAUACAGGAUGUUCAGGUUUCACAGAACAAACAUCGAAGUAAACAAAAAAAGAAGCUGAAGAUUGCAUUACUUCCUAAGGAGUCACAUCCAGCCUGUUCUGGUCCUGAGUUCACCUGGCAUUACUUGAAUAUCAGUGGACACAGCCCACUAAUUCAGCACUUCCUCCAGAAACGGCAUGCUGAACCAAAAACAGGAUGUGACAUCUUUAUACCAAGGAGGGAGAUCUGCAAGCCAAUACCGGAUACUGCCCAGACAUAUGCAGAUGUGGUCAAGCAGGGUUUCUGUAUCCUCCACCAGAGACACAGAAUCUUCAAAAGGACUUAUUGGAAACACAGAAGAGAAAUGAGGAAAUUUGAUGAGCAGUUGCUAGAGAACCAGGAGCUUGCCAGACAAGAGAUGCAAGAAGAAAUGAAGAGAAGGCAAGCCCAAAAGAAGAAAGAGAUGCUUCCUGUUUGCUCAAUUAGACUUAAUAGCGCAGACAAGAUUUCAUGCCAGUUACCAAAAAUCGUCAUCCAGAAACCAUCCUAGUUAACUUACAUGUGACAUCUAACAAAUGUAGAUGUCUCAAAUUGAAUGGUGAUAAAAAUACACUCUUUGAAUUAAAUAUAAAUUGGGUAUGUUUUGAAGGCCAGCUGCACUAAAUAUCAUUUCUAUCUCUGCUUUAUAGAAGGAUUCUUUGAUUGCAAAAGUUUGGUAUUAAUAGGUGUAAAUAUACUGCCGAUUCAAAAUAAUUUUGUACCAUAUAAAGCAGCAUACGUUGCUGCUGUGAAAACAAAA